AGACCAGAUAUCAGUUAUCAAUUCAAUAGCGAAAAUGAAAUUCAACUACGUCUUCUUGCUUUCAGCCUUUGUCCUUUUGCUCUGUGCAGGACAAAGUGAGGGAGGUUUCUUAAAGAAAAUUGGGAAGAAAAUAGAAGGAGCUGGACAACGUGUUCGAGAUGCAGCAUACCAAGCUCUCCCUCUAGCUCAAGGAGCUGCUAGCAUUUACUCUGCUACUAGAGGUUAAAUAUUUUCUGGAAUGACUUAAUGGAAACAGAUUCAAUAAAUAGAUUGCAAUAUAACA